CCAUCACCCCGCGCCCCCCCCCCCCCGCGGCGUCUGAAGGCGUGUCUGGAGAUCACUCGAUCCGCGGCGGAGAUCGGCGGCCGGAGCUUGUGUAGUGAUGGAGGAUCUGGGCAUCGAGGCGAAGGAUGCUGCCGUUCGCGAGGUGGCGAAGCUCCUCCCGCUGCCCGAGCACCUUGCCUCCAUCGCCUCUAUCAAAUCCGACUACCUCUCUCGCCAGCAGGCAAAUGAUGCACAGCUCAGCACGAUGGUGGCAGAUCAGGUUGAGCAGGCACGUGCUGGCAUAGAGGCACUGGCUUUAUCUCAGAAAACAAUAAACCAGCUGCAUGACAAUUUUUUGUUUAUUGAAAACUUGUGUCAAGAAUGCCAAACACUGAUCGAGAAUCAUGACAAAAUAAAACUUCUCAGCAAUGCAAGGAACAACUUAAACACAACUUUGAAGGAUGUGGGAGGGAUGAUGUCCAUCUCUGUUGAAGCAGCUGCAGCACGUGAUUCUUUAAGUGACGACAAGGAGUUGAUUCACACAUUUGAGAGGUUAACAGCACUGGAUGGUAAAAGGCGUUUUGCCCUAGCAGCAGCUGCAUCUCACAAGGAAGAGGUUGGCAGGCUAAGUCAAUACUUUGAAGAUGUAGAUAGAACCUGGGAGACAUUUGAGAAAACAUUAUGGGGGCAUGUUUGCAACUUCUUUAAUCUUGCCAAAGAAAGCCCACAGACAUUGGUGAGAGCCGUAAGGGUGAUUGAAAUGCAAGAAAUCCUAGAUCAGCAACUAGCUGAGGAGGCGGCUGAGGCUGAGGGAGGGGGUGCGAUGGCAUCAAUUACCAAUCCACGUAGAUCUGCCAAAAAAGGUACUGGCACAACAGCUUCCCCCAGAAAUUUAACUCAAGAAAAGCUGAAGGGUCAAGGAAAAUGUUAUAAGGAUAAGUGCUAUGAGCAUAUCAGGAAAGCUGUUGAGGCACGGUUUAACACACUGCUGACGGAGCUUGUAUUUGAGGAUUUAAAGGCUGCUUUAGAGGAAGCUAAAGUGAUCGGUGAGGAGCUCGGGCAUAUUUAUGACUAUGUGGCUCCUUGUUUCCCCCCAAGAUAUGAAAUUUUCCAGCUCAUGGUUAAUCUCUAUACUGAAAGAUUUAUUCAAAUGCUUAGACUGCUCAGUGACAGAGCAAAUACAUUGACAAAUAUAGAAAUCUUAAAGGUAACCGGUUGGGUUGUUGAAUAUCAAGAUAAUCUGAUUGGUCUUGGUGUUGAUGAGUCAUUAGCUCAAGUUUGUUCUGAAAGUGGUGCAAUGGAUCCGCUUAUGAAUGCAUAUGUUGAGCGAAUGCAAGCAACAACAAAGAAAUGGUACACAAACAUCCUGGAGGCUGAUAAGGUACAACCACCAAAGAAAACAGAAGAUGGCAAACUGUAUACACCAGCAGCUGUGGAUUUAUUCAGAAUUUUGGGGGAACAAGUGCAGAUUGUGAGGGAAAAUAGCACAGAUCUCAUGCUAUACAGAAUUGCACUGGCAAUUAUUCAGGUAAUGAUUGAUUUUCAAGCAGCUGAAAGGCAGAGGCUUGAGGAACCAGCUUCUGAAAUUGGUUUAGAACCUCUGUGUGCCAUGAUCAACAACAACCUUCGUUGCUAUGAGCUUGCAUCGGAGCUUAGUAAUAGCACAAUGGAAGCUCUUCCACAAAACUAUGCCGAACAGGUUAACUUUGAAGAUACUUGCAAAGGCUUUCUUGAGGUUGCCAAGGAAGCUGUCCAUCAAACUGUUAAUGUUAUAUUUGAAGACCCAGGUGUUCAGGAGUUACUUGCUAAGCUUUACCAGAAAGAUUGGUUAGAAGGAUUGGUCACCGAGUAUCUUGUUGCGACAUUUGGUGAUUAUUAUGGGGAUAUCAAGAUGUACAUUGAAGAGAGAUCAUUUAGAAGGUUCGUUGAAGCUUGCUUAGAGGAAACUAUUGUGGUAUAUGUUGAUCAUCUUCUCACACAGAGAAACCAUAUCAGAGAGGAAACCAUUGAAAGGAUGAGGUUAGAUGAAGAGGUUAUUACAGAUUUCUUCAGGGAGUACAUCAAUGUAACUAAAGUUGAAAACAGAGUGAGGAUUCUAGGUGAUCUAAGGGAGCUAGCUUCAGCUGAGAGUUUGGACAGCUUCACUCUCAUCUACACAAAUAUUCUUGAACAUCAACCAGAUUGCCCAUCUGAGGUUGUGGAGAAACUGGUUGCAUUGCGAGAAGGCAUACCACGGAAGGAAGCCAAGGAGGUGGUACAAGAGUGCAAAGAAAUAUAUGAGCACUCCCUUGUUGAUGGCAACCCUCCAAAGGCAGGCUUCGUCUUCGGAAGAGUGAAGUGUCUUGCAGCACCAAAAAGCUAUUUGUGGAGGAAGCUUGCCCACUAAUAACAAUGUUUUUAUGUUGGUUGUGUGCAACUCGAAGAAAUCAACUAUCAAAAUUUUGCCCAGAUUUAAGCAUCAUUUUGUUUGUUUGUUUGGUCCUGCUUAUCUCAAACUAUUUUGGCUCCUUUGUAAAGAAAGAUCAUCUUGAAAGAACUGUGAUGUUUGCUGUGGAUGAACUAGCCAUGUCGGAUCGAUGUACAGGAGAAUUAAGAGUAUCUUUUUUUGAGAAAACAAGUCUAACAAUGUUUUGUAUUGUUUGGCUUUUUUUGGUGAGGCCUGGCAAACUUGCAAAAUUCUAGUCAGGCAGCUUAUGUUGAUUCCUAAGAUUUUAAGGCAGAUUUGAUGUUGUAA